UACACGUUUCUUUUAUCGGAUCUGUAUGCGGUGUAUCCCAGUAUUCCCCUGCUUAAUUAAUUUAAUAGAGCUACAGACCUCGCACGGACAGGAACAUAAGCGUGCAAUCACAUACAUAUUUAGAACCAGUGUUUUGACCGGCAGAUAGUUGUAAACUGCUUGCGCUUUUUUGAGCCAUAAGACUAGCAACACCAACUUUGAUGUCUCAGAUUCCAUCGCAGACUUCCAACAGCCCUGUUUUUACGGUUGGUGACGUUCCUGGAUCGAAGACAAAUGCCCGUAUUCCACAACCCAGUGGAGAAAAUGCUCGUCUUAAAGUUACACGGCUUGUUUUCGACCAACCCAGUUUCGAUGCCACUUACGGUCUUUGGCAACCGGGGCCACCGUUGACGCCAUGGCAAGAUUUGCAGAGACAGUGCCGGAAGUUCUGGGCACGCUCGGUGCAAGGCAAACGCAUAACAAAACGUAGUGUCUACCGGAAAGUGGUCAACUGGCUGCCUGUGAUAGAUUGGCUACCUCGUUAUGACUGGAGGUCAAAUCUGGUGGCAGACUUUGUGGCCGGUCUAACAAUUGGAUUCCUAAACACUCCGCAAGGAGUCGCCUACGCUAUGGCCACAUAUACUCCAGCGGUCACUGGAUUAUAUGUGUCGUUCUUCCCAUUGUUGGUCUAUUUCUUGAUGGCAACGUCGCGACAUCUUUCGCUAGGAACUGAUGCAGUAACAAGUGUAAUGACCAGCAAGAUUCUUAGCCAGCAUGCUAAAUUUGCGAGGGAUGCGAGCACUGGCAAUAUCAUUCAUCCUGAGUAUAACGAAUUACCGUAUAAUGGAUCGGUAUACACUAUUGCCGAAUGGAGUCAAAUCGAAAUAGCUUCGGCGGCUGGAUUUCUUUGUGGAAUAUGGCAGUUAGCCUUUGGUCUGAUUGGAGCCGGUGGACUUGUUGUUUAUUUUUCCGAUCAGCUAGUUCAAGGGUUUACUUGCGGAGCAGCGUUUCAUGUUUUUACUAGUCAAUUACGCUCGGUUUUUGGUGUGAAAGGUCUGCAGGAUUACUACGGACCCUUAAAAAUCAUAAAUACGUAUAUUAAUUUCUUCAAAGUUAUCGCUACUACACAUAUUGCCACCUUUAUUGUGGGCGCCAUUUCUGUCGUUUUCCUGAUCGCAGUCAAGUUUGGUAUUAAUGGCAACAGACGAAUUAUGGCCGUCAUAAAGGUUCCGGUUCCGGCUGAAUUGUUUAUUGUAAUUUUUGGGACGCUCAUUUCUUAUCUCAUGGGUUUGGAAGUCAAUUACGGUGUGAGUAUUAUUAAGAAAAUUCCGCUGGGUUUGCCCGCUCCACAACUGCCGGACUUUUCCAAAAUGGGCACAAUGAUUGGCGAUACCUUUGCGAUAUCGGUUGUUUCGAUGUCCAUUAGCAUCACACUCGGCUUGUUAUUCGCCAGCCGGCACGGAUACUCUAUAGAUCCCAACCAGGAAUUCAAAGCGAUGGGUCUGGCCAAAGUGUUUGGAGCGUUUUUUCAGUGCUUUCCGUCAAGUGCAUCCGUUGCCCGAACCGCCGUACAAAAUGAUGUUGGUGGCAAAACACAGAUUGUGAGCCUCGUCCAGUGCACCAUUAUUUUAAUUGUGGUGUUGGCACUGGGCAAAUUCUUGGAGCCUUUACCGAAACCUUGUCUCGGCGCGAUCGUAAUGGUUUCGGUGUUGAAGCUUAUGUUCCAAAUUGCUGAGCUGUUAACGCUGUGGAAAUUAUCCUUUGUAGACUGGUCCAUAUUUUUGGCUGUCUUCAUGGGCACCAUUAUUCUUGAUGUCGAUCUUGGCUUGGCAGUCGGCGUUGGAUGGUCAAUCGCCACCGUAAUGCUUAGACUGCAGAAACCAAAGGUCGGACCAUUAGGUCGCCUUCCCGGCACGGACAUCUAUCGGCGAGCCGAUGUGUAUCCAUCGGCUGUUGAAGUGCUAGGUAUUAAAAUUGUUCGCGUGGACGCCCCAAUUUACUUUGCUAAUGCCUCUUAUAUUAAACGUCGCUUAUACGCCUGGGCUGACCUUAACAACAUCAUUAAGCAGUACCGUGAAACCAAAGAAUACGCCACCACACAGGAGACCGAGCCAGAAAAUCUGCAUAAUUUUGCGUUCACCAAUAAUAUCACCACGGUAGACGAAAAUGCCGAUGUGGAAGAAGACAAACAGCGACGUAUCAGCCGCAUGAGUGUCAGCGGUCCCACGUUGACCACCCAGCGCAGCUCGGGGUCACGCCGCAUGAGUCUGUUCAAUGUUAAACGCUUGGUACAGCCCAAUAUCGAUAUGGAAAUCCUCAAUGACGUACGCCAUAGUUAUCAGAGUCAGACGGAAAGUGAUGAAACACUGAGUAUGGCGGAGAUGGUACCGAUUAAACAUUUGAUUAUUGACUGCUCGGAGAUUUGCUUUGUUGAUGUCACCGGGGCGGGGUUUCUGAAGAAGUGUGCUACAGAAUGCGCGGCGGUUGAUGUAGAAUUAGUACUGGCAUGCACCACAAAGGCUGUUCGGGAUAUGCUGGACCUUUGUGGAGUAUCGGAAUACAUUAAGCCGCAUCAGGUGUUCGUGACCUUGCACGAUGCUGUACUGUACGCACUGAACAUCCAACGUCGCAGCGGAACAAACAGUGCCGCCUUGAACAUGCACAAUACACUGCUUCGCCUCAACACCGAAGAAGCUAAAGAUCUGGUCUUUUUGCCUACCACUCGAACUCACGAAUACGUUAACAAAGCAUACGAAAACACUCAUGAAUUGUAACUCGGCUGCUCGAGUCGAUAUGGAUGCUUCUAUGGUUGUUCACACAAGCUGUGCAAAAACCGCAAAAUUGCAGUUUAUAACCGUUUUAAUUACGUUGUGCCUUGCUGUUACAACAGCUGUGAAUAUCUGCCUUGGUUAGGAAAAACAUUGGUGGUAUCUUAAAUAACGGGAAAUGCCAAUUUUUUUGCAGUUAGAUUAAUUCAAUGGAAACGACAAAAAAAUUCGAAUAAGCGGUAACGCUGU